AUGGCUCCAGCACAGAAGACAGACAUCCCAGACCCUGCCGCAGACCUUCACUGGUCUGACUUCAAAGGUCCAAUCCACGACAUCUUUGCCGGCAAUGCGCGGAAGCACCCGGCACGAGCAUGCGUGGUAGAGACAGCCACGAGCACGACGCCAGAGCGCAAGUUCACAUACAAGCACAUCUUCGAGGCGACGUCGAUAUUAGCACACCACUUUGUGCAGAGCGGCAUACAGAGAGGCGAUGUAGUCAUCAUCUUCGCCCACCGCGGCGUGGACCUGGUCGUUGCCAUCAUGGCUGUUCUGGCGGCAGGAGCGACCUUCUCAGUCCUCGACCCUCUAUACCCGCCAGACCGCCAGUGCAUCUACCUCGAGGUCUCCCAGCCCCGCGCCCUUGUAGUCAUCGACAAGGCUACACGCGAAGCCGGCCCUCUCUCAGACCAGGUGCGCGACUACAUCAAGGACAACCUGCAGCUGAGGACCGAAGUCCCCGCUCUCGAGCUUAAGAAUGACGGAGCCCUGGUUGGAGGCGCAAAGGACGGCAACGACGUCUUGGAUGCGCAACAGGCGCUCAAGGCAGAGCUGCCCGGAGUGCUGGUCGGCCCAGACUCGACACCCACAUUGUCCUUCACAUCCGGCUCCGAAGGCAAGCCCAAGGGCGUGAAAGGGCGGCAUUUUUCGCUGACCCACUACUUCCCCUGGAUGGCCGAGACAUUUGGACUGUCUGAGAAUGACAAGUUCACCAUGCUCUCCGGUAUCGCCCACGACCCUAUCCAGCGUGACAUCUUCACACCACUGUUCCUCGGCGCACAAUUGCUCGUACCUAGCAAGGAAGACAUCCAGCACGAGAAGCUGGCCGAGUGGAUGCGCAAGUAUGGCGCGACCGUCACCCAUCUUACGCCUGCCAUGGGCCAGAUUCUGGUCGGAGGUGCAUCGGCAGUGUUCCCAAGCCUACACCACUCGUUCUUUGUCGGGGAUCUACUCAUCAAGCGUGACUGCAGGAGGCUGCAAAACCUCGCACCCAACGUCCGCAUCGUCAACAUGUACGGCACCACAGAGACACAGCGUGCCGUCAGUUACUACGAGCUGCCCAGCUGCAGUGAGGCGCCCGACUUCUUGGACACCAUCGGCGAGGUCAUCCCUGCUGGUCGGGGCAUGAACAAUGUGCAGCUAUUGGUUGUAGACCGCGAAGACCGCAACAAGAUCUGCGAGACUGGCCAGAGUGGUGAAAUCUACGUUCGAGCUGGUGGUCUCGCCGAAGAGUACCUUGGCCUGCCGGAUCUCACGGCGACCAAGUUCGUGGAGAACUGGUUUGUUGACCAGAACAAGUGGAUCGAGGAGGACAAGAAGAAGGUUGAGGCACAAGGAGCGGCCGAACCAUGGCGCGAGUUCUACAAAGGUCCACGCGACAGACUCUACCGCUCUGGUGAUCUGGGUCACUAUGGCCCAGACGGAAACGUACACUGCACAGGACGAGUCGAUUCGCAAGUCAAGAUUCGAGGCUUCCGUAUCGAGCUUGGUGAGAUCGACUCGCAUCUUUCUGCGCAUCCGCUCGUGCGCGAGAAUGUGACUCUUCUCAAGCGCGAUGCCUACGAAGAGCCAACGCUCGUCAGCUACAUUGUGCCGGAGAUGAAGCGAUGGUACGACUGGCUGAAAGAGCGGGGCUCAGAAGACACGGCUUCGACCGAAGACACGAGCAUGGUAACUCUGCUGAGGCGCUUCAAGUACCUCAGAGAUGAUGUACGCGAACACCUCAAGAAGAAGCUGCCUGCGUAUGCUGUCCCAUCCGUCAUCGUCCCGCUCAUCCGAUUCCCUCUGAACCCCAACGGCAAGAUUGAUCGGCCUGCGUUGCCGUACCCAGAGCCUGCACAGCUCGCCGCCGCCGGUGCUCGUCGGCCAUCACAGCUCGGUGCGGCUCUGACAGACACGGAGAAGAAGAUGGCCGACAUUUGGGCACAGCUCCUUGGUGAUCGAGGUGUAACAGCCGAUGGUAUCAGCGGCAGCGACUCGUUUUUCGAUCUUGGUGGACACAGCAUCAUUGCCCAACAACUCCUCUUCAAGAUCCGCCAGGAGUGGAAGGACAUCGACGUGCCCAUGACCACCAUCUUCCAGUACCCCACACUCCGCGGCUUCUCAGCAAACAUCGAUCAAGCCAUGGAUCCCAUCGGUCUCCGUCUCGAUACUGCAGAAGCAAUCGAGGACGACCCAGAAGACGAGGCAUACUCUGCAGACGCCCGCGAUCUCGUCAAACACCUCAAGGAGUUCAAGACCCGCGAGUCUCUCAAGCCAGGCGAAGAAGUCCAUACCUUCCUCACCGGCGCCACCGGUUUCCUCGGCGCCUACAUCCUUCGCGACCUGCUCUCCCGCCCAGGCAAAGUCACUGCCCUCGUCCGCGCCAAAGACAUCGACUCCGCCCUCGGCCGCGUCCGCCAAACAUGCCAGGCUUACGGCAUCUGGGACGACAGCUGGGACUCCCGCCUCGAAACACUCACUGGCGACCUCGAAAAGCCCGACUUCGGUCUCAGCCCAGAAACGUGGAACAAGCUCGCCGACUCCGUCGACGUCGUCAUCCACAACGGCGCCCUAGUCCACUGGGUCCUUCCCUACUCGCGCCUGCGCGGCCCCAACGUCUCCUCCACCAUGACCGCCCUCUCCAUGUGCGCCGUCGGCAAGCCCAAAUACUUCGGCCUCGUAAGCUCCACCUCCGUCCUCGACGCAGACUACUUCAUCAACCUCUCCGCCCGCACCCCCACCGGCGUCCCCGAAUCCGACGACCUCGAAGGCGCCCGAAAGGGCCUGGGCACAGGCUACGGCCAGUCCAAAUGGGCGGCUGAAUACCUCACGCGUCAAGCGGGUCUCAAGGGUCUGGCUGGCGCAGUUAUCCGUCCUGGAUACGUCCUCGGUGAUCCAGACUCGGGCACGACGAAUACGGACGACUUCCUCGUGCGCAUGCUCAAGGGCUGCGUGCAAAUUGGGUCGCGCCCGGACAUCGCGAACACAGUCAACAUGGUGCCUGUCACACACGUCGCGCGCGUCGUCGUCGCCGCGUCCUUCAACCCGCCCGUCGCUCCCCUCGGCGUCGCGCAAAUCACAUCGCAUCCGCGCAUCACGUUCAACGAGUUCCUCGGCAGUCUGGAGAAGUUCGGCUACACGGUGCCCCAGGUGCCAUACGCGCAGUGGAAGCAGGACAUGGAAACCUACGUCGCGGAUCAGUCGGGCACGCGCGAGGAGAAUGCCCUGCUGCCGCUGUAUCACUUCGUCACGGGCGAUUUGCCCGCGGAUACCAAGGCGCCGGAACUCGAUGAUGCGAAUGCCGCCGAGGCGUUGAGGAAGGAUCAGGCGUGGACGGGGCAGGAUUGGAGUGCGGGUGGCGCGGUGACGGAGGAUACCGUGGGCGUGUAUGUUGGCUAUCUCAUCGAGUUGGGGUUCAUGCCCAAGCCGGAAGGGAAGGGCAUCAAGGACUUGGUUGUGGGUAAGUUGACCGAGGCGAUGAGGCAGGGGAUGAAGUUGGUUGGUGGGAGGAGGGGUGUGUAA